AUGUUGGAAUCUACUGUGGCCGAGUUGACGGCGCAUUGGCCAGGACAUGGAGCGGUGAUCCGCACCUUGCUGGACUUCUUCGGCGAUGUGAGUAAAGGCGAGUCUCGCGGCACACGCAUUCACGCUGACUGCGCUGAGGCGCCGAUCCAGCCCGACAGCCCUGUACCGCCAGCCAUACACCUUCACGCCAGCAGUGCAGCACGAGCCGACGCUCUCAUCGCCUCGCUCUUCGAGCGCACAUCCGUCACUUCGUGCAAGAUCGACCCGCUUCAAGUGUGCAGCGUCUCUUCGGUCUUUGAAAGACUCGUCGCGGACCUGGGAGGUGCGAGCUCAUCCAGACCCAAGGCACACUUCGACAACCUCGACUUGGCUUUGAAUGGGCUUGCACGCGCUCUGACGCACGAACAGGAGCGCAAGACAGUCAUAGUCGUGAAAGGGGCGGAAAGGAUGAGGGACGUGUGGGAUGAAGCGCUCAGCGACGCAUUUUGGAGGCUCGCAGAAUUGGUGAGAAGGAUUCGAUAAGGCGGCUUCCGACUAGAAUUGGCUACUGAGGCUGCUCAAGUAUCACUUGCCUGCCGUCAGCUGGGGCUUCAAGGCAGGCUUUGCGUGGUGACCAUCUCCACCUUAUCCAUACGACACUUUCGAACAGUCAAGGGCAACGCGCCAAGCCUGGGCUCAGGCCAGCCACUUCAACUGCGCAUGUCUGCUCUUCACAAGCCAGGUGCGUGGCACUGCGAUCGAUCCUGUCUCGUUGUAGUCGCUGAUCCCAUGCUUGGUCGGAAUGGCGUAUGCAGACGCGCUUCAGCUACUUCGCAAAGAUGCCGAUCAACUGGUGCACGGCAUCAGCAGUACGCCUGCCCAUUUGUCAGGUCUUCGUGCACUCCACGAAGUCUAUAUUGGCCUUGCGUACGACACGCUGUCUGCCGAUGUCGUAGAUGAAGAAGAGAUGCGGAUGCUCGUAGCUGCAAUCUGGCACCCUUUCGCGGUGCCCGUCCAGACAGGCGAAGGUGAGGCGGAGCUGCAAGUCGAAUCCUCGCCGCAGAUCUCGCUCACACAAACAUCUUUCAAUAGUGACCUCCACUGCUUUGCCAGCUUUACUCGCACGAUCUACGCCGCUCUUCAGAGACGCUUUGCUGCGCGUGCUACCCCGCCUAGUAUGGCCACAGGCAUGGGUUCGAUGGGCCGUCGCCCAAGCGAGAGAGCGGUCGGAAGCCGCUGUCGCAGGAAAUGAACGCAGCGCCGCUCGUACGACCACACUGCGAGGCUCACAGGCGAAAACAUCCUCUGGCACCUCGAUGGAGUCCGCGUCCCUUGCGCGCUUAGAGACGUACAUUGUCAUCGCUGCUUUUCUAGCCUCUUUCAAUCCUGCUCGACUGGACGCGAGGUACUUUUUGAGGGACGAGCAUGCCCUAUUGCCCGCUGCAGAAAGGGCCGAGGCGCAAGUCAAGCUUCGAAGGAAAAAAGGCGGAGCGUUUCGCAGGAAACCAAAGAAGAAGGCUACCGCUGAUGAGGGACGGAAAGAGACCUUGGUGAGUCGCGUUCGAGGGGAACGACAAGCUCAGAGACUCAUGACAAUCUCUCGCAACGUGGAUGCUGCAGAAUUCUCAAGCUCUUUUGGGCCCCAAACCAUUUCCUAUCGAGCGCCUUUUGGCCAUCUUGCAAGCACUGCUCAUCGAAUCGAAGGAAGACACUGCUCUGUUGCAAGACAGCAUUGGCGGUCCCUCGGCGGCGCAGCAAGCAGAGGUGCUCAGUCGGAGCUCCGACGUGUUCAAGCAGGUGAGUGGAACGGCGCAGCUUUCCGCGUUCGGCGCACGAGCUCAUGAUUCGCCGCAUGCUUAGAUCAAUCGCCUAGUUACUCAAAGAUUCUUGACACGUCUCAGCAGCUCCAGCGCUGUUCUGGCCCCCAACGUCCAGCUCAGAUGCAACGUCACGCACGAACACGUCUCGCGCCUCUGCAAAGCCGUCAGCUUCGAUUUGCAGGAGUGGCUUUGGGAUUGGGCAGGCGGUGCUGGAGAAGCUUGA